AUACGGCUGAUCCAUGGGCAUGAGCUGUUUGAUGUUUACGUUGGUGUUACGAGAGAAAGCUGCUGGAAACUGAGACCGUUGCAUUCGGAGGAUACAGACGAGGAAGACUUCACGAGAAGCUGACAAUUAGUAGCAAACGGAUUGAAGAUGGACAAAAGAUAAUAAUAAGAUCCAGGCCCACCACAGUGACAAGCGUGAUGGACCUUCGUCGUAUCGUUUCUUCUGACGAGAGAAUGGAAACAUGCAGGGAAUUAACUGAACUUCUAACGAGGGAGCUUCCAUCAAGUGAAGGAACAAUCAAAAUGUCUAUGAACGUCCUACAAGACAAAUCAAUAUAUGGACCCGAAUUCAGUGAGUGGAAAAAAGAUGGAACCAAUCCCGAUGAAACCCCGACUAUCAAGUGUGUAGGUGAAAUAGAGCUGGUGGACAGACACGGGAAAAAGGAAGUCGGUUAUAUAUUCGCAAUGGCUGUUGUAGGAGACAGGUUCCUGGUGGCAGUAGAUUUAUACAAACGUCCGUGUUUGCGAUGUUUUGAUGUUGAUAUUGGGAAACAAGUAGGGCAUUGUGCCUUUGAUACUGGGGCCAGACCUACGGGCUUAACGACAAUACCUGGUAAUCGUGUGGCAGUAACUUUACCUUAUAGUGUAUGGUUUUUACGUGUGACUGAAAAUGGUGACUUGUCGUCUGAAAAUCAAAUGAAGGUUAACAAAAUAUACCAAGGAAUAGCAUCCUGUGGUGACAACUUGAUUGUUUCUUACAAACAUCCUGACCCAGGAGUACGAAUACUGGAUAUGAAGGGGAACGUGUUAAAGGAGUUUGAAAAAGACUAUGACGAUGAGAACCUGUUCGAGUGGCCUAAUUGCAUGGCAGUAGGCCCUGACCACAGCACCAUAUACAUCACUGAAAAGGGGAACAAGUCGGUGACUGCCCUCACCAUGGAAGGCCAUGUUGGCGGUGUUGUGGUUGUUAAGGAACUAGAACCUUUCCCAACAUAUAUAACUGUGGACUCUGGAGGUCGAGUUUACGUGUGUGGAUUCGACACUGUUUUUCUGGUGUCCUUUGAGUCAGGCACCGUCAUCCCGCUGCUGGAUAAAAGGAACGGUAUAACGAAUUCACGCUGUAUGUCUGUCCAUGAUCAAACACGCCAUCUGUACGUGGGGUCAUGGUACAGCAAUGUGAUUAUGGUAUUCGAAAUGCCAAAACUGGCCACGGCUUGAUAAGAAAAUAUGGGAUAAUAUGAGUUAUUUCUGGUUUUAACAUACAAAUACAGAAGUAAUGAAUGUUGUAACAUCAUUUGCAAAGAACGUUUAACCUUUAUUGAUAACAGUUCAUUAAAUGUUACUUUAAAAGAUCGAAGGCAUUUAUUUACAUUUGAAAGAGCCAUAAUGUGGGUAAACAAAUUACUUAUAAAACUUUGAAAUCAAACCUAAUGGUGUGUUCGUUUUUGUAUUGUGAACAAAAAAUAUUGUCUUAAUACGGGUUUGUGUGUUUUUUUACAAUAUAGCGGUUUAUUGAUAAUAAAACCAUUGUGCAUUUUUUAAUAACAUCCUUUGAAUACUGCUUUCUUUUUGCAAAUAUAUGUACGUAUUGUUCCGCUAGACUGUAACAAUGUGUCGAGAUAUUGUCACAGCUUUGGUAGCGACGUCGAUAUCAUUGUCAUCUAAAAAAAUUCGGGGGCAAUCGCUCAGAAGCCAUUGAAGUAUAAUAUACUUCUGUAUAUUUUUUAUGAUCCUAGUAUCCUUUUAUAUAUUUUGAAUGAUUUUGUACUUCUGUAUUAUUUUGAACGGUUUUGUACUAUAUGUUUGACUG